AAUCUGUGGGUAUAGACAUGUAAACCCAAAGUCACAUGUUGAGUGACGAAGAGCAUCAACCAGCAUCACAACUUCCUUGUUAUUGUCGAAACGCCCAGCUAGUGGAAUUCAGGAAUGCAUCUCUACAGACUUGUGAUUUACACCAAGGGGAGAAGGCAGGGCCGCCUUCUAGCCUGAAACUCUCCUCCUUCUUCCCCUCCUAUCUUUCACUCUCUCCUUCCCUCCAUCUCUCCUUCCCUCCAUCACUCUCUCUCUCUCUCUCUCCUUCCCUCCUUCCUACUCUAAGCCAUGAUGCUGUGUUGGGGCAGUACUGUGGAGGGCCAGCUGGGUAUCGGCGGAGCGAGGGACCCCGUGUGCGAACCCCGGAGCUGCCAGGCGUUCAAUGGGCGUGGCCUGAAGGAGGUGGCGUGCGGCGGGCGCCAUUCGCUAUUCCUGUUGCGUGAUGGGAGAGUGUACACGUGCGGCUCUAACCGCUGUGGGCAGCUGGGCCACGACAAGCCGGGGGACUCGCCAGAACUGGUGGUGGCCCUGAACACCCAGAAGAUAGGGGUGGUAUCGUGCGGCCAGGCCCACUCCAUGGCGCUGAAUGAGCAGGGCCAGGUGUUUGCCUGGGGGGCCGGUGGAGGGGGCCAGCUGGGUCUGGGGACCGCUGAGGAGACCGUCCCAAUCCCCAGGUUGAUCAAGAAGCUGUGCGAGCAUCGCAUCUCUCAAAUAAUGUGUGGCAACAAGCACUGCAUCGCACUCUCUAAAGACGGUCAGCUGUUCACGUGGGGCCAGAACUCGAGCGGUCAGCUGGGUUUGGGGAAGGGAGAGCCCAGCACCUUGUCUCCCCAGCCCCUCAAGUCUCUGUCAGGUAUCCCCCUGGCUCAGAUCACUGCUGGGGGAGACCACAGCUUCGCCCUGUCCCUCUCUGGAGCUGUGUUCGGCUGGGGCAAGAACAGCGCCGGGCAGCUGGGGCUAAAUGACAAACAGGACCGGUCUGUCCCUUGCCACAUCAAGUUCCUCAGAUCCCAAAAAGUGGUUUAUAUCAGCUGUGGAGACGAGCAUACAGCUGCCCUCACCAAGGAUGGGGGUUUGUUUACGUUUGGGGACGGCUCUCGUGGUCAACUGGGUCAUGACUCCACCAACAACGAGCCUCUACCCAGACAGGUGCAAGAGCUGAUGGGCAGCGAGGUUUCCCAGAUUGCCUGUGGCAGACACCACACCCUGGCGUUUGUGCCUUCCUCCGGUCUGGUGUAUGCUUUCGGUUGUAACACCAAUGGUCAGCUGGGCACCGGGACACGAGGUGACAUCAAUAGCCCACUUCCUGUCAAAAGCAGCCUCACAGGAAGGCUCACAGGAAGUCCUCGUCAUAUGUCAGGGCCAGAUCAUUAUGCCAUUACAAAAAUCAACUGUGGAGGGGACCAUAACUUCCUAUUGUACUCAGAUGAAAAGAGUUCCACCGCUCCUGAAGACUUCCGCGUCACUAACAUCAGUAGAAGCAUCUCUUUGAUAAAUGAUGCCAGUUUGAAUACGUGGAGGAUGAAACUCCUAGACAACACAGAUUCCACUAUCACCAAUGACGUCAUUCUCCUGCUGUCUUCCACCGCCUGUUGGAACGCCAGCUUCCUGGAUGAGAGUGAUGACAGCCAUUUUAAGACCAACCCUAAAGUCCCUGGCAUCGAUCUUAACUCAGUCCGCCUGCUGUUUGAGACACUCAGUAAACCGCCCUUUGCCAGACUACUGGAGCAGGCCACUAAGAGUUUUGAGAGCCUGCUGAUCCCCCAGCUGCCCUGCUCUCCCCCUGACGUUGAGGCCAUGAGGAUCUACCUGAUCCUGUCGGAGUGUCCCGCCCUGCACGACUCCAAGAACUACAUCACCCUCACCAUCCCCCUAGCCAUGGCCAUACUCCGCCUGGAUGCCAACCCCAGCAAAGUGCUUGAUAACUGGUGGUGCCUGGUGGACGGCGGUGUGUUCUCCAGGCUGGUGGACAUGUAUAAGAGCAUCGUGGUGUUCCUGUUAACCGGAGGAAAGGCCCUGCUCGUCCCUGUCUUCCUAGAAAACUACACCAGUGCCACGCUAAAGCUUCUAGAGAAACUUCAUAAGGUUAACCUGAAGGCCGGGCAUGUGGAGUACAACCGCUUCUAUAUCCCUGACAUCACCACCCUGGUGGACAUCCAGGAAGACUACCUCAAGUGGUUUCUGAGUAAAGCAGAGAUUAAAAUGAGAACACCAGCAGUACAGAGCUCAGUGACUUUAUGUGCCUACCCGUUCAUACUGAACGCCCAAGCCAAGACCACCAUGCUGCAAACUGACGCUGAGCUACAGAUGCAGAUGGCGGUGAGCGGGGCCAACAUGCAUAACGUUUUCAUGCUGCUGACGCUGGAACCCCUGCUGGCGCGGAACCCCUUCCUGGUGCUCCACGUACGCAGGGACCACUUAGUGAGCGACGCGCUGAGAGAGCUCACCAUCUACUCUGACGUCGACCUCAAGAAGCCCCUCAAGGUGAUAUUUGAUGGGGAGGAGGCGGUGGAUGCAGGGGGGGUAACCAAGGAGUUCUUCCUACUGCUGUUGAAGGAGCUGAUGGACCCUGUGUACGGCAUGUUCACCCAGUACACCCAGUCCAACCUGCUCUGGUUCUCUGAUAAAUGUUUUGUAGAGCACAACUGGUUCAAUCUGAUAGGGAUCAUCUGUGGGCUGGCCAUCUAUAACAGCACCGUGGUGGACCUCCACUUCCCCCUGGUCCUUUACAAGAAGCUACUGGGCGUGGCACCCACUCUGGAGGACCUCAAGGAGCUGUCGCCCACAGAGGGCAGGAGUUUACAACAGCUCCUGGACCAUGAGGAAGAUGACGUUGAGGAGACAUUUUGUCUAAACUUUGCUAUCACCAGAGAGUACUAUGGUCUGACGGAGGUUAAGGAGCUUAUCCCUGGAGGAGACCGCAUCACCGUGGACAAGAACAACAGGGAGGAGUUUGUGGAGGCCUACCUGAAGUACAUGUUCAGGGACUCUGUGAGCGAGCUGUACCAGGCCUUCUCCUCUGGGUUCCUGAAGGUGUGUGGUGGGAAGAUCCUGUCGCUGUUCCAGCCCUCCGAGCUUAUGGCCAUGGUGGUGGGAAACAACAACUAUAACUGGGAGGAAAUGGAGAAGAAUGCGGUUUACAAAGGAGAGUAUUCAGCCACUCAUCCGACUGUGAGGAUGUUUUGGGAGGUAUUCCAUGAGUUCCCUCUGGAAAAGAAGAAGCGGUUCUUAUUAUUCCUGACGGGCAGUGACCGCAUCCCCAUCCAUGGGAUGGAGAGCCUCCGCAUCGCCAUCCAGUCCACGUCGGCCGAGGAGCACUAUCUGCCUGUGGCCCACACCUGCUACAACCUGCUGGACAUGCCCCGCUACCAGACCAAAGAGACCCUGCACCACCGUCUCACCCAGGCCGUGGAGCAGUACGAGGGCUUCAGUCUGGUGUGAGACCCAGUGGCUGGGUCAGUGGCUCCCCCUAGAGGCCUGGAGGACCAGGGGGAAUUAGCAUGGCUGCUAAUGCUAAUGUACUUUAAUAACAACACCCUGUGAAUGGGGAUGGGUAGUGGGAAGGGGGCUGCUAUUCCAUAGCACGUUCCCUAUACAGUAAGAGAUUAUAUAUUUUGAGUUAUAAUUGUCUUCUAUGCAGAUUGAUGUACAUAACUUGAACAGUUUUAAUUAAACCAGCUUUUUUGUUGCUUUAAGAUAAUUUAUUGAAUUUAAUAAUUUGGGGGGAUUUGAAAAAUGAUACAUGUCGGAGGUGAACAUUGAAGCCCUUAAAGCCCUUAACCUGGUAUCUGGUCUUUUACCACUGUUCUUGGGUCCGUUUGAGGACAGAUGAUACCAGAUUAAUACAUCAGUCUGGCCUUUUACCGCUGAUCUUGGGUCAGUUUGGGGACAGAUGAUUCCAGAUUAAUACAUGAGUUAACAGCAGGCAGACAGUUCCAUACUCAAGCCCAAUAAAUACAUGGCGUUCUAAUGCCAUACCCACAAUACCAGUCUAUUUCUACAUUAAAAAGACUACCUGACCGACUGGAGUUACUUACAUGUCCUCAAUCUUACAUUUAUCAAUAUUUCUUUGAUUGCGAUGCCGUUGGAGUGAUUUUAUUACAGUAGUAUUGGUGAAGUCUUUUUGUUUUUAAUGGAUGUUAAAAUGUCUGUGUGCAUGUUGUCGAGAGGAAACGCUAAAAAGACACCUCAUCGUUACAUUAUAAACAAAACACAGAAAUACAGCUAAUCCAAAUGUAUUUGAUCCCUGUAACCCCAGAUUAGGAAUAAAUCAUCUCAAUGUCAAUCUGGGAGAUCUAUUGGUGCCACGAGGUCAGAAUGAGUGCACAUUCGUAGCCUGGCGGAUAAUAGGUUGAUUUACAGAUGAUCUGUUUAUGGUUCCCACCGGUUCCUUCUAUGAUGACACACAGCAUUCGGACCAACGACAUUAGGCUUGGUCAAUUUGACCUGCAGAAUUAGAUGUAAGGAACAGAUUAUAUUGGGUCAUGUUAUUAGCAAUAACAAACUGAAGCAAACAGCUCAGUAAUGUAAUGCCGUUUGGAUGAGGGUCGAGGACGCUGCACUCUGAACAUCUCUGCAUCGUUUCCCGGCCAUUACUUCAAUUACUCUUCUCUCAAGUGUAUCUGGAUCGUGUGUUGAUAUGCAAGUGAUUAAAAAUAACUUUGUCUAUACAUUCUGCCUAUUCAGUCCUAUUACCGAACAUCUCAGCCAAUGGAGGUAUUGUAUCGUAUACCAUUUCUCUUAAGCCAUGUCCACUGUAACUGGGGUUAAGACAAACAUGUCGUUAUUUAUAGGGACGGCUGGUCUCCUUGUUUGUCUUUUGUUUUAAUACAUCAAUAGCCACAAAUGUGCCCACGGGGAAUAAUUACUAUUAUUUUGAUUUAUAACUCUUGUCACUCUGUGUAGACAAUGACAUAAAAAACAAAUGUCAUAGUGAUCUUUUGUUUAUUCAAAGCUGAGCUAGGGCAAUACCUGAGGGAGGCUGUGUGUUCUAUUAUAGCCUGGUCCCUAAUCCGUUUGUGCUGUUUCGCUGACUAAAGCAGUUGGCAAGACAACAAACCGAUCAGCGACCAGGCUAGGGGAAAAGCCUAUUCAUUCCUUAUUAUUCUUAUUUCACCACGGUAAUGGCGACAAUUCCAAAUCAUGGGGUCAAUGUUUGCAAAUAAGGGCUUAUUAGUGGAUCUAUAACUGGAUUGUGUCAAGUAUAUCAUAUUUAAUUUUGUACCUUUUAAAUGGAUGACAUUAUUUUUUCUUUCUAUUUUUUUUCCUGAACAAAUAAAACGUGAUUCCAGCUUG